CGAGAUCGAUUCAACGCACGGCCAUGUUAAAUCUCUAGACGGAAGAGACAAAAGCUACAGCAACAAAGAAUUUCUCAAGAAACGCUCGAAGAGUCGAGUUUAUCAAAUCCACGAAGAUUCAAACCCUUCAGAAUUAGAAGGUGGUACUUCCCAGAGUCCAGGAUUUCCUCGAGGGAAGUGUUCAGCAGUUUCGACAGUAAAGUGAGGGAAAACGACAGUCAUCGUGAAGCCAAGAGUGGGGAAAAAAUAGAUGGACUCAACGUAAUUGUGGACUGAAGUGUUCAGCAAUUUUGACAGUAAAGUGACAAAAACGAGACAUUGUGAGGCCAAAAGUGGAAGAAUUUAUGAAUGUAAACGUAAUCUUGGAUAAAUAAUCCUGGAUCAAGCUGAAAUCCAUCAGUGCCAUUUGAGUUUUUCAGCUGGUUAAAUUAAAGCAAGAAACAUUGAGCAAAUUUUAGAAAUUCCCCAUGAAGAAGAGAAUACCAGGAUUUUAGGAGCACAUGAAGAACAAUUAGUUUAGCCUUGUGCUUUUGAAUGUAAAGACUUUGACAGUUUUGGAUACCAAAAGGAAUAUUGAGGGUACUAAAAGAUUUCUGUAAUCAAACAUUUAGGGGGGAGAAAAGAAACUAAAAAGAGAAGUGAAGUUAAUACUUUGAAAAUUUUCAGGUAUUGCAUAAGUGAUUUUUGAACCGCAUUAAUAGAUUUGAUCACUUGCAUUUUAAAUCCUUGUGCAAGACUUGAAUUUGUAAGUACCUUUUUGCUAAUUAUUUUGUACAUUGGCUCUAGGCUUAUGAAAUAUUUAUUGAUAUAAAUAUAUUUUUCUCCUAUUUUGGGAGAGCUUUCUUAUUAUAAAACAAUUGUUUUACGUCAGACACUCUUCUUUUUAAGAGGUCUAUUCGUACCAGAAACGGAAACCGUUUACAACAGUGUGCAUUGAGCAAAACAGUAAUUCAGUUUAACAAAUAGCUAAAAAGUAGCAGAAAAGAUUCUUUUGAUUGGCACUGUUGAGGAAAACUUUAACAAUGGCUACUGCAAGAACAGAGAUCCCUGCUUCAGUCAUGCCAAUGACCAAACAGAAUGGACAGUCCAAGCCAAUGACCCUCCAGUCAGGGUCACUUACUUCCUCAACACAAUCAGGAAAAGCACCUCUUGCACCCCAGAAAGGAAGCAGUAUACCCAAAAGCAGUGGUGGUAUCAGGUUUGGAGAUGACUGGAAGAAGUGCCUGCAGCUUCCACCGAAAGAUACAAGAGUAAAAACCACAGAUGUGACUGCGACCAAAGGAAAUGAAUUUGAAGAUUACUGCCUUAAGCGAGAACUGCUAAUGGGUAUCUUUGAGAUGGGCUGGGAGAAGCCUUCCCCUAUCCAGGAAGAGAGUAUUCCCAUUGCCUUGUCAGGGAGGGACAUUCUCGCCCGAGCUAAAAAUGGCACAGGGAAAAGCGGAGCCUACCUCAUCCCCCUCUUGGAGAGGAUUGAUCUAAAGAAGGACUACGUUCAAGCCAUAGUGGUGGUGCCAACUCGUGAGUUGGCUUUGCAGGUGAGCCAGAUAUGUAUCAACAUGAGCAAGCACCUUGGUGGCAUCAAAGUUAUGGCUACAACAGGCGGCACCAACCUGAGGGAUGACAUCAUGCGUCUUGAUGAGAUAGUACAUGUAAUAAUUGCUACCCCAGGCAGGAUCCUGGACUUGAUAAAGAAAGGGGUGGCCAAAGUUGACAAAGCUCAGAUGAUUGUGAUGGAUGAGGCUGAUAAGUUGCUUUCUCAAGACUUUGUGGUGCUCAUUGAGGACAUCAUCAGCUUCCUGCCCAAAAAACGUCAAAUACUUCUCUAUUCUGCCACUUUCCCCAUAAGUGUGCAGAAGUUCAUGACCAAACACCUUCAGAAGCCAUAUGAAAUCAAUCUAAUGGAUGAGUUAACACUGAAGGGCAUCACACAGUACUAUGCCUAUGUGACAGAAAGACAAAAAGUGCAUUGUCUAAACACACUGUUCUCCAAGCUUCAAAUCAACCAGUCAAUUAUCUUCUGUAACUCCACACAAAGGGUGGAACUCCUUGCCAAGAAGAUCACACAACUUGGCUAUUCCUGCUUUUACAUCCAUGCCAAGAUGAUGCAGGAAUACAGAAACCGUGUGUUCCAUGACUUCAGAAAUGGACUGUGUAGGAACCUGGUCUGCACUGAUCUUUUCACAAGAGGAAUUGACAUCCAGGCUGUCAAUGUGGUCAUUAACUUUGACUUCCCUAAAAAUGCAGAGACGUACUUGCAUCGCAUCGGCAGAUCAGGCAGGUAUGGUCAUCUGGGUCUGGCUAUUAACUUGAUCACCUCAGAAGAUCGCUUCAACCUAAAAGGCAUUGAGGACCAGCUAAUGACUGACAUCAAGCCCAUUCCCAGCAGCAUUGACAAGAGCCUGUAUGUGGCAGAGUUUCACUCCAUGAACCCAGAUGAAGAAGAGACUGCACACAAAGCAGCAGAGCUUAAUUAACCCAAACAGGAGAAUAAAUGGACUGAUGCCUGGCAUUCUGCACAUUUUCUACUGAAGACAGAUGCAAAGAUGACUUUUUUUUUUUUUUUUUUUUUUUUGUUCCAUUGUAGUUUUCAUUUUCUCACCAAAUGCUUCAGGGGUCUGGAACAGCCAUGGUAAAAAUGUGCUGAGCUGCCAUAAGUUAAUAGGGGUCAGUAUAAAGUCAUCUUCUAUAUAAACACACAGAGGUCAUCCCAGGCAGCUUACUCUUUUUCCAAUUGGAGCACAAUAAGCCACUAUUCUGUGUACUCUGAGCAAGACCAUUCACUGUAUGUAACUGUUGUUCUAGAGAGGAUUUUCCACCCUACUUCAGUUUAACAAGAUGCUGCCCGCAACAGUGAUUGUAGAAAUAUUGGCAGAAGAGUAGAGGGUGCCCCAUAAGAUUGAGUACUUUUAGUGCGGCCUAUCCAUCAACUUAUGUGGUCUUUGCAUAAUGAAGAGUUCUUACUCUUAGUUUUACAGUUGAUCAGGGACAAACCGGGAGUAGGUAUAACAAAUUCAUAAUGAUCUUCUGUUGGUGGUUUACAGCCUUGUUUUACAUCUUGAAGAAGGGUGAAGGUUGGUGCUCUGUUCUCCUGCAAAUGGACAUUAAAGGAAUGUUCCGAGUUCAGUACAAGUAAAGUUCAAUCAACAGCAUUUGCAGCAUAUUGUUAAUUACCAAAAAAAAUGAAUUUUGAUCGUCCCUCCUUUUAAAAAAAAAAAAAAAAAAAAAAAAAGCACUCACAAUGGAAGUCAAUGUGGCCAGUCUGUACAUGUUAAAAUACUGUUUCAAAAGUAUAGCCACAAGACAAAGGAUAUGUGUGUAAACAUGAUUUUAGUGUGAUAAAAUCCGUUACUUGCCUUUUCUGUGUGAAGUUAUUGCCAAUUUACAUCAUUGUUACCAUGACAAUGUAAUGUCAACAACCCCUAAAAAGACUAAAAAUUACAAUUUAAACAAAUUUACAGCUCAAAUAAGAGUUAAUGCAAGUGCUUUUAUAAAAUAAGCUUCACAUUUCGGUUUAAACCCUCCAAAAAUUGGCCACAUUCACUUUCAUUGUCCCCAUUCACAUCCAUUGUAAGUGCCUCACUGUAACCUUGAUUUGUGCUUUUUAUUUUGUAAUUUUUUUGUAAGAAAUGGAGGGACGAGUCAAUUAUUUCUUUGUUAAUCAACAUUUUGCCACACAUGCCAUCGAAUGAGGUUAACUUGUAUUGAACCCAGAACAUUCCUUUUAAGAGUUUGCCUGUUUUUGCAGGCUACCUGUUGACCCUCACUAUGUCAUCUUCACUUUGAAAAACUCUUCUGUCACGCAAACAUCAACUUCUGUUAAAUUGUUCGUUCUCUGCAUUGCAUCACACUCAUUUAUAGCUGUGUUUCUGGAAGUGCCUUAAUCUAUUACUUCCUCUGGUUUGGAGGGAGUGCGAAGGUGUGUGGUGCAAAAAAAGCUUGGUCAGGAUUUUCAGUGGAAGAGAUUGUUACCUGCUAGAUUUAGAUUUCUUUUGAUACCUCAAACCCAUAUCACCUGUUCUCCAUAUGACCCCACCAGUUCAUUGGUAGUGAACAUUUCCUAACUCGACAUUGCUGGGUUGAGCAAUAGAUUUGCCCCAACCCAGAAGUUUUAUAAGUGAGACAAGAUUUAGUAGUUCUACCUGCAUUUUGGAAACCUUUUUUAAAGCUGGGGACAGUUUGAUUGUUCAUUUUGCUUUUAUUUCCUGUUGGAACACAGUCAGGUUUGUAACAGUAUGUGUAGUCAGGAAUCUAUUUAAAUCACAAAACAAUGCUAUGUCAUGGAUUGUAUUCAGUCUUUUUCUCUGGCAUUGUCUAAUGUACAGAAAGUGACUGAGUAAUGUCUUUUAACAUAUCGGCACAAAUGCUGUGAUGUAAUGGCAGCUGUAAUAAAGUUGGUAGCUCUCAUAUUGUACCAUGUCCCCUGUUGAAUGUGUCGAAUUGUGCACCUUGCCAUGUGUUGUAAUGAGUAUAAACUAUGUUUUACUGCGAGGAUUAAUGGGAGAAUGGCCAAAGCUUUUUGCUCCAAAUGUUGGUGCCAGCCUAUCCUGUCUCUCUUUCUCUUUUAAGCAAAAUAAAGUCCAUCAUAUUCUCCAA